ACCAGUUUAUUCCCUGCUACAGAUGCACUGAUAAGCCGUUGGCUGGAGUGGAAGACUUGAGCACAGGGAACACAGAUGCUCUACAUGUAUUAGACAGACACACACACUCACUGUAAGAUGCCAGCUCAUCUGAGCCUGGCAGAACAGGAACGGGAGUGGAGGAAGACAGAGCUGGGUCUCUCUGCGAUCUCGGAGAAGGGACGGAUGAAGAUGUGCGACACUGCGAGGAAGCAGAGAGGUUCCAGAUCUGAUGCUAAACCCACAGCCCUGGAGCAAAAAAGAAAAGCAUGUGCUCCACUGAACAUCAAAUCACCACAGAUUAAUAUCAGCAAACGAAAUGGAAAUAAUACAGAAUCAAAUGUGCUGAAAGUGGACGAGAGACUGCGAUUGGCCCGGGAACGCAGAGAGGCGUACCAAAAACAGCUGGCACUGCGCGAGCGCGGUUGGCUGGCGAGGGAAGAGCGGGCCAAGCAGUUCUACGAGAAACACCUUGAGGAGCGAAAGAAGAGGUUGGAGGAGCAGCGACAAAGAGAGGAAAGGAGGAGGAUGGCGGUUGAGGAGAAGCGCAAACAGAGACUCAAAGAAGAAAGAGAGCGUUAUGAGUAUGUGGUGCAGAAGACGAUGGAGAAAAGUCAGAAGGCCAAACAGAAACCUGGCCACUGCUCACGAAGGGUCGGCAAGAAUGAAAACAAUAAUGCUAAACGCCGCUCUCUUAGUCAAUGGGAGAUUGACCUUGUCCGUCGUCUUCAGACUCCUACCGUCUCUUAUCUAGCAAGAAGCAAGAGUGCUUUGUGUCUGUCACGAGACACAGUUGUUCAUAUUUGUCGUCGUUCAGCCUCAUGUCAUACCAUGAACUCAAGCAUCACACAAAAGCCCCAGGUGCACUGCAGGAAAGUGGCAAACAGGCCUGUAAGCUCAAGUACAAACAUCACCAUCCGAAGAACCACCAACAGAGAGCUGGUGGUAAAAGGCAAUUUUGCGGGACUGUACUUGAAAAAGCCACAGCUACAAAUGACAACAAACAAAAUCAAGCCCAAACAGGACACAAAACCAGCAGAGAAUACUGUCCUCCCAACAUCACGGCUGCAGAACAGAUCACAUAUCAGACAAGCCACACUUAAACAAGUAACAAGCCACACUUUGCCUCCACUGCAAGAAGAGGAGGAUCUAGAAUCUGAGGAGUCGCUUGCUCAACAAUGUCUGCAAGAUAACCAACUCCUGUCGAAUCCAGCUACUAAUGGGCCUCCCAACCCACCAGCAGGCUCUCAGAUUCCUAAUGGACCAAGUCAAAUUGGUGACGCAGCACAAUUGAGAGCUGCUGCUUGGACUACAGACGCUGAAGAGGCCACUCGCCUGCUGACUGAGAAAAGGAGACAAGCCCGACUCCAAAGAGAGAAGGAGGAAGAGGAGCGCAGACUGAAAGAGGAGAUGGAAAGAAAGAACAGAGAGGAACUGGCCCGUCAAAGAGUUGAAGAACGAGCCAGACAGAAAGCAGAGGCCCUCAAACUGGAAGAGGAGAAGAGGAAGACAGAGGAAGAAGAGCGACUCAAGGCUGAAGAGGAAAACACUCGCAGACAGAAAGAGGAAGAAAAUAAGCUUCAACAGCAGAGGGAGCAAGAAGCUCGUCAGAGGGUGCUGGAAGAGCAGCAGAGACUGGAAAGAGAGAGUCGUUUCCAGAAAGAGGAGGCCGAACGCCAAGAAAGGAAAAAGCGUCUGGAAGAAAUCAUGAAAAGAACAAGAAAGACAGACUCUGAUAACAAGAAAACUGCGUCAGUGAAGGACAACUUGCCUUGUGAGAACAUGAAGCCUGUAAUCAGGCUACCAGGUACAGGACAAAUGCCAAAACUAGAGCGGAGGGAUGAGGAGGAUAUGCUUCCUACUGUGGCCUUUAAGGAGCGACGGUCCUUCCGCAGUCUUUCUGGCCUGGAUGAGAUACAAGCACAUCAGCAAACCGAGGUUAUCUAACCCACGGACCCGUCAUACGAUGCCAAGACCAUCAGAGCAACUUCAGCAAGCUUGUCUUUCUGAACAACACAAAAAACAUCAUAUGCACUUAAUUUCCCUGCACUUUAAUAAUCCUGUAGUUUAAUAGUCACACUUCUUUAUCUGUAUUACAAUUCUCGACUGCCCAGUUAAAAUGCCUGAAUUACAGCUUGAUUUGCUAGAGUGACAUCAUGCAUCGCUCAGAAGCUAGAUAAGUUUUGGUAUGUGGUAAGAUUCACAUAAUAAUAAUAAUAAUACUUGAUUAAUACUUAUGGACUUAAAGAUAGACUACCCACCAAAUAAAACUUGAAUUAUUCAUUUUUAAGCUUUAAUUUCAUCAUUUUAUAUUUUAGCCAGUAUGGUUUUAUGAAGACAAAUGCUUUCUCCGCAAAAUGUCUGAGCAGUGAUGUAAUGGUCUUAUGGAUUUAUCAGUCUUUCUUUUUUAUAAAUAUACACAUGUAAAUGGUAAUUCACCUGCACGACUGCAUACUGUAAACUACAGUUUAAAAGUUUGGGGUCAGUACAAUUUUUUAAAUAAUGAAUACUUUUUUCAGCAAGAAUGCAUUACAAUGAUCAAAAGUGAUAGUAAAGACAUAAGAUUGUUACAAAAAUAAUAUUGAAAAUAAAUGCGGUUCUUUUCUAAUCAAAUGAUCCUAAAAAAAUGCAUUGCAGUUGCCAUGAAAACAGAAUCAGCAUAACUAUUUUUAACUUUGAUAAGUUUCUUGAGCACCAAAUCAGCAUAUUAGAAUGAUUUCUGAACAAUUGUUUAACAUUGAAGACUGGAGUAAUGAUGCUGAAUAUUCAGCUUUGCAUUUACAGAAAAAAAAUAUUAAUACAUUUUUAAUAAAAUAGAUGCAGUCUUGGGGAGCAUGAGAGAGAGAAUCAAAUCUUACAAACCCCAAACUUUUAAAUGGUAAUGUCUGUGUAUUUUAUAUCUGUGCUAGAAACUAUUCAUAUAAUUAAGGAUCUCUUUUCAAUGCUGCUGCUUUGACUCAUGAGGAUACACAAAUAUACAGAGGAUAUUUUCCAUCUGUCCUCAUUGCUUACUAGUGCAUUUGUGUCACAGUAUUACACCAAACAGGUGAGCUCAUGAAUUUCCAUGGUUUCUGAUUUUACACCGCUGCUAUUUAGCUGUUCCAAAUAGAAAAACACCCCCACCCCAAUCCCCUUUAAUAAAUGAAAAUGUAUGAUUAUAUUAUGUGCUCGUCUGCCUUAUAAACAUUACUAUAGUGUGCCGGUACCUGCUGAACUUGUGCAAUGAUAGAGGCUUAUGCAAAUAUGGUCUAAAGAUGUAAACAGUUAAAUAAUUUUUUUUUAAUCAGUGUAAGUAAAUAAAUAAGCUUAAA